AUGGUGAACUCGUGUCUGGAUAUCGUGAUUAUUGGGGCUGGACUAUCUGGAAUUAACACUGCCCACCACAUCCAAAGUGAAUUCCCUGGCUGGAACUUCGCAAUCAUCGAGACUCGAGGGGAUAUAGGAGGGACGUGGAAUUUGUUUCGUUACCCUGGAAUUCGCGCCGACUCGGAUUGCUACACCUUGAGCUUUCCAUGGUAUCCCUGGACAGGCCGCCCAUUCGCCGAGGGAGCUUCAGUCGCCCAGUAUAUCCGAGACGCGGCGGUGGCACAUGGAAUUGACCAGCACAUUCUAUUUCAUCAUCAGCUCACAGCAGCAAGCUGGUCCGACAAAAGCCAACGAUGGACCCUGAAAACCAACGGUACUAUAAAGCAAUUACAGGCCAGAUAUGUGGUCUUCGGGACCGGCUAUUACCGAUAUGAUAAAGCAUUGGCAACAACAAUACCAGGAAUAGAGCAGUUCAACGGAAAUGUACUGCACCCGCAGUUCUGGCCCCGAGACUUUGAUUAUGCUGGAAAGAGGAUCAUUGUUAUUGGCAGUGGCGCCACUGCUAUAACACUCUUGCCCAAGCUCGCUGAGAAGGCAUCCCAUGUCACCAUGCUGCAACGAAGCCCAUCGUACAUACUCACCAUUCCUCGGGGUGAUUGGCUGAAUUGGCUUCCCUCGCGCUUGCUCCGUAUCGGUUGGAUCAUUGGCCUUCAGCUUUUCUACUGGUUCUGCAGAUCCAUGCCCCGAACCGCGCAAUGGAUCCUCUGCUUUCUCAUGCGUGCUCAAUUGCCAGCUAAUGUAAGCUCAACUCCACAUUUCCAACCACAGUAUCCUCCCUGGGACCAGCGCCCGUGCGUCUCCCCAGGUGGUGACUUUUUCACCAGUCUCAAAAGGGGCCGUGCCGAUGUCAGGACAGCCACCAUCCAAGCAGUCACUGACAUGGGGAUCCUCCUCGAUACGGAAGAGUUUCUACCUGCAGAUAUAAUUGUCACUGCAACAGGACUUCAUAUGCAGGCUUGGGGUGGGGUGCAGCUAUUCAUAAAUGGAAAGGCUUGCGACAUUUCAAACAAGUUCGUAUGGAAUGGACUCAUGUUGCAAGACAUUCCCAACGCUUUCUGUCUUAUUGGGUAUCCGACCACGACGUGGACGCUGGGUGCGGAUCUCAAUACGGUGCUCAUGUGUCGUUUGCUCAAAUAUUUAGCUCGGCAUGGCAAGAGUGCAGCUGUACCUCAUCUUGCAAAUGCCAAGGGCAUGAAAAGCCAGAGUUUGAUCAAUUUAAAGUCAACCUAUGUCAAAGCAGCCGAAGAUCGUAUGCUAAAGACUGGGCACACUCAUCCCUGGAGACCACGCGAAUACUACCUGCUGGACUAUCUGUAUGCAAAGUAUGGACGGUUAGAGACAGGAUUGCAGUUCAUGACUGCUGAGACACAUGAGAAAUCUUGA